AUGUUAAAUUUCCAGCAUAGGCCUGAAAUUGUUGCUGGAAUGUGGAGAACUGACACAGGAGGGCAAAGUUUCAACCAGGAGUCACACUUAAGAGUAAACCAGGGAAAUCAUGCAGACGUGACCCCCUUUGAAUGUGGACAAAACUUCAGCCAUAAAUCAACUCACACAGCAGAGAAAUUCUGUGAUCAUAAUAUAUGCAGGGGAACCCUCAGCCACCAGUCAGCCUGCAGUGUAUGUCAGAGGACUCACACAAGGUUGAAACCCUAUGACUAUAGUGAAUGUGGAAUAUCCUUUCGUAAAAAAUUGUACCUCCUUAUUUACCAGAGAAUUCACACAGGGGCGAAACCUUACAAAUGUAACGAAUGUGGGAAGGAUUUCAGCCACAAGUCAGGCCUACAGAAACAUGAGAUAACUCACACAAGGGAGAGACCUUAUGAGUGUGUUGAAUGUGGGAAAACUUUCAGCUGCAGGUUAGGCCUGAGAGUACAUCAGAGAACUCAUACAGGGGAGAAACCCUAUGAAUGUAGUGAAUGUGGAAAAACAUUUGUCCAGCAGUCAGCUCUCAAAACACAUCAGACCAUUCACAAAGGGGAAAAGCCUGAUGAAUGUAAUGAAUAUGGGAAAACCUUUGCCCAGAAUUCAACCCUCAAAAAACACCAGACAAUUUACACAAGGGAGAAGUCCUAUGACUGUAAGGAAUGUGGAAAAGCCUUCAACCAGAAGUCAAGCCUAGGAAUGCACCAGAGAACUCACACAGGGGAGAAACCAUACAAAUGUAAUGAAUGUGGAAAGGCUUUCACUGCAAAGUCAGGCCUAAGAAUACAUCAAAGGAUUCACACAGGAGAGAAACCCUAG